CCCGGAAGUGAUUGUGCGGCGGCGUUCCCGGCCCGGUAUGGCGGAGGGGGCCGGCGCGGGGCUGCGGCUGGCGGAGCUGCUGGCGGCGGGCCGGCGGCUCUGGGAGGAGGUGGAGACCGGCGCCGAGCCGUCCUCGGGGGCCCCGGCCGUGCAGGAUAAGGUGCGGCAGGGGUUGGACGCGCUGCAGCGGGCGGCCGCCAUGGUGGCGCAGCUGGAUCUGUUCAGCGAGAACGAGGAGCUGGAGGAGAUCGCCUCGGCCGACCUGAAGUACCUGCUGCUGCCCGCCUUGUUGGGGGCCCUGACGCUGAAGCAGGUUGACCUGAGCAGGAGGCUGGAGCACCUGGAGAGCGCCCGGGCCCACUUCUGGCGCUUCCUCAAACUCUGCAGGAGCUACGGGCUGGGCAGCUUCCACCUGCCCCCUGCCGCCACCAGCCCCCCUGGAGAGGAAGAUGCCGGGAGCCCCUCCCCGGGGGGCCCCGCUGCUGCCCAGCCCAGCCUGGUGGCCAUGGCGUCCAGUAGGCAAGCCAAAAUCGAAAGAUAUAAGCAGAGGAAGGAACUGGAGAACAGGCUGGCCUCUAUGAGAAGCUUUGUGGAGAGUGGGCAAGCAGAUGAGGAUCAGAUGCGGGAAUUUUACAUACUACAAAUCCAGAAAUGGAUCAACACCAGCCUGGAGGAAAUCGAGAGUAUUGACCAAGAAAUGGUCAUCUUGAGGAGCAGAGGUACAGGGAAACAGUCUUCAGCACCACCACACGCUACUUCUCGGCAAGUCAGGGCUCCGCUGAAACCUUUCAUUCUUACCCGGGAUGCUGCUCAGGCGAAAGUGUUUGGUGCUGGAUACCCUGGCCUGCCUACUAUGACUGUGGAUGACUGGUAUGAGCAGCGCAGGAGGCAGGGAGUCGUGUCUGGUCAGGGUGCGCCUCAGAGAACACCAGGUAUAACUGAUGAAGAGUUGCAGAAGCAGCAGCAGGAGAAAAAAGAGGAGGAUGAUGAUGAGGAAGCUCUUCAAAAAGCUCGAAACUGGGAUGACUGGAAAGAUACACACCCAAGAGGCUAUGGCAACCGGCAGAAUGUGGGCUGAUGCUCUUGCUGCAGAGUGGGCAGGGCCUGGAAAUCCUGUAAGAAUUGCCUGUGUCCUGGAGAUAUAGGAGUAAAUACACUGUACAUAUGCAGAGGUAUACGUGGCUUCUCUGGGAGGCACUGGAAUCAAGCGGAGUAAACAUGACCGUUUGCUUUGGUUUGCGUUAAAUGUCAGACUGAGUGCACUGGUCAUGUACAGUGACACCACAGAGCUCCUGUCAGGUGGAGCUCUUUCUGAGGGGUCAGGCUGCCUCUGUUCUCCCAGUCAGAGGAAGUCCUUGAAAGAUAAGUACAUGAAUUUGGAAACUGCUCUGUGUAUUGUGGGUGGAUGUAUUUAUUUUUUUCUCUAUAUUUUAAGCAAAAUAAAGUCUCUCGUGCUGCCUA